AUGGUCAAUGAUAUUAAUCUCGAAGAUCCCGAGAGUAAUCGUUUGAUUAAGUUUGCGGACGACUUGACUGUUAGUGCUCCUGUGAAAACUACUGGAGAUUCAGCAGCUAGCGAAGUAAGGAACAUUAAAGGAUGGGCGAGUGAUAAUAGGAUGACUCUUAAUAUGUCUAAAACGUGGGAAAUGGUUGUUUGUGGCAGAACAACGAAGCCAUUACCGCUCCAAUUGGAUGGUAUUGAGCGCAAAAACUGGUUGAAACUUCUCGGAAUGGCUUUUCAGGACGACCCUUGCUGUUGGGAUUUACAAGUCGACACCCUCCUAUUGAAGGCUGCUAGCCGUAUGUACAUCCUUAGAGUUUGCAGAUCCUAUGGUUAUACAAAGGAAAACUUAAACCUAUUGUUUGAAACUCUAAUUCUAUCGUUGUUCCACUACGGAAUUGAAGUUUGGGGAUCCGCUCUACAAAAUAUCUACAACGAAAAUUCCUCAGACGAGCUUAUCGAUUUGG